AUGGCACCUUGCGAGCGCGCGGCUUGCCGCUACUGCGGUAAGCGGGUGGGCCUCUUCAUGCUCGAAGGCUUCGGGUGCGCGCGCCGGCGCCAUGAAAGGAACUGCAGCGCCAGAGGCGCCCUACACCAGGUGCCAGCUCCCACCGCCACCUUGCUGGCACGCCAGCAGCCAGCAAUUACCCUACACAGGGUGGAUUUGAAAGCAUCUCCCAUGUACACCAGCCUCAUCUCCCAGAUGAGGAUGCUUUCGGUUACUCGCGACGAGCUCGAGGAGUUCCUCCAGAAGGAUCCGGCGAUGGCAAAGGAAAUGAUGCACAACAUCAUCGUGACUUGGCGCCCGGGCGCAGAAGGCGCUUCUGAACUACGUUGUGCCAUUGGACGGGGACCAGGUGACCUGGAGGGCUCCAUUAAAUUGGAAUCCUUCAGCGCUUGUGGUCCAGCAGUUCAAGACGUCGAGGUAUCCAUGCUGGCAAACGAGCUGGCUGAGCAAAAGGAGUUCAAGUUGAUGGUCCCGCCGGACGACCAUGAGCGGCGUGAGAUCUUCACGCACGAGAUGGAGCAGCGCUUCUUGAAAUUGCAGCAAGUCGCUAAGAAGAUGCAAUUUCAACACAGCGCUGCAUGA